AUGGUACGCAUUGAUUGGCUUCGGGCUCCCGCGGGGCUAGCGCAAAGAGUUGCGUGGCAGCGACCCGACCGUGAGCGUGAGCUGGACCUCAUGGGCAGGGUUAUUAUGUCACGCGAAUUCGCUGAGUUUCGCGUCCCCUCUCAAUGCAUCGUCAGAGAUCCUCAUUGCCUUUCGCUUCUAUCGAUUUCCCAAAACCACAACACCCAUCUUUACGCCACCUUUCCGCAUUGCAAUUUACUCUUUAUCCUUGUUAGGCGUUUUAAGCGAGCUCUCAUUCUUCUCUUUUUUCUCGGAUGCCCUUUCAGCCUGCGUCUGUCUGAAGCACAGAAUGAAUUUUCGCAACUCGUCGGUGGGAAAGCCUUCCUGAUUCGGAAUGAGGUGGAUGCGCAGACGAAGCCCAGUAUCGAAAAUCCUCCUGGAUACUGCGUUUCAUUCAACGUUGACCCACUGUUUCUCCGGUUGGGAGAAGAUGAGAGAUUCCUGCAGUUUCUCCUCACCAGUUCUGUUCACCUGGAAAUAUGGAGCGCAGAAUCCAUGAUGCUGAUUGGAACAACCUCCGUGGCGCUUAAGGUAGGAAUUAUGCCUCCCUUUUGA